AUGGCUACCUUCGCAACUCCUCUACCGCAAUCAAGCCGGUCCGAGAUCCUCGAAUGGCGCUUCCCCAAACCCUACCACCAAUACGUCCUGACUGGCAAGUCAAGAGCAGCAUGGCACACCUCCUUCGUCAUCCCCCAACUCAACCUCCUCCUUGACGCAGGCCUCGUCGUAAACAACCUGCGGCCGAAGCACAUCUUCAUUACCCAUGGCCACUCAGACCAUUGCCUCCUCGCCCCGGCCUUCACCAAACGCGAAGACCCCCCAGACAUCGUUUGCCCCGUCGAGAUGAAGAAGGCCUUUGACGACUUUUGCCUCGCAAAGACCCUCCUCAACCGCGGCGGUCUAACGACCAGCAGCGACGCCGAGGCCGUGGGCCUCAAGGUCGACGGCAAGGGCACCGACAAGGAGGGCAGGACAGAAGGGGAGAGGGCCUUCCUCGGCACGCACGUCACAACGGCCGUCAAACACGGCGACGUGGUGCCGCUGCGACGGCUUAAGGGCAUGGAUGCCCUCGUAUUCCAGUGCGACCACAACGUGCCCGCCGUGGGCUAUGUGUUCCGGACCACGACGCACAAACUCAAGGCUGAGUAUACCUCCCUCCCCGGCCCGGAGCUCAAGAGCCUGCGGCAAUCGGGCGUUGAGCUGACGGCGCCGGUGACGACGCCUGUAUUUGCGUUCCUUGGUGAUACGACGGCGUCGACGCUGGCUGCUGAGCCGGAGUGGUUGUCACAGGGGAUUCCGGUUGUGAUUACGGAGUGCAGUUUCUUGUAUGAUGAGCAUGAUGCACAGGCGGAGAAGACGAAGCAUACCAAGUGGAAGGAUCUCAACAAGGUCGUGCGCAAGUGGCCCAAGACGACGUUUAUUCUGACGCACUUUAGUAUGCGGUAUAGUAACAAGGAUGUUGUUGCGUUCUUCAACGGACUAGAGGAUCCGCCUAAAAAUAUUGUGGUUUGGGCUGAUGGGCAACCGGAGUAA